GAUCACGCUGAAAGUCCGAGAGCAUGCUGUGCCUUCACCUCUCCGGGAAUCAUACCCCCAGCAUACUGAAUCCUCUGUGGCCGACGUCUAGAGAUGUCUUUGCUCGUUUGGAACAGGAUAUGGUCAGGAGAGUGGAAGAUAUCAAAGAAAACAUGAAGCUUAUGGACCGCUUCCACCAGCAGCUUCUGCAGGAGAUGACAAUUAAACAUAACAAAUCCCUGCCUGUCCUAAGUGCCGGCAACACCACGUCCGGUGACGGGGGUUUCGCUCUAUGCCUGGGAGUGAAGGAUUUUUUGCCCAAAGAGCUAACGGUAAAAGUAUUGGGAAGAAAGCUGUUGGUGACGGGCGCAAAGGAAUCUAAAUGUGAAGAUGGGAAAGGUUCCUUUUCUUACAAGUGCCAGAUCUUCAGGAAAGAAGCAGAUCUGCCUGAUGAUGUUAGAGCAGAGGAGUUGAGUUGUAUCGUUACCACUGAUGGCCAGCUGCAUGUAGAAGCCCCGAGAGCCACCCAAGCCGCUGGGAAGGAAAGGACCGUGCCCAUCCAGCUACCCGCAACCUCCGAGGCCAAGAAGCUGAACGCAGAGAACAACGCAAGCUCAAAACCUUAAUUUCUCACUUUUAGAUGAUCAUGUCACAAAAACCAUGACUAUUUAUUAAUAAAUGCUUUUAA